AUGAUUCGUUCAUCAUCGUUCUUCCUGAUAUUACUCCUCGCGCCUCUCAUCCAAGCUGACGAUCAAUACUAUUACACAUACUUUACACUUCAGGACGACGGCAAUGUCACCUGCAGUGGGAACUACAUUGAGUCGGCAACCUUGGAACUGGAUUGCGAGAACGACUAUUGUCCACUUGGGACGACCGUGACUCUAACGGGGGAUGUAACGGUAGGGAAUAAUGGCUUGCCAAGCGAUUCAGCAUCUAUCGGAUUGUCCAUUUCGGGUUACUCCAUUUCUAGCUGGGAUGAUAUCAACAUGUGCGAAUAUUUGAAUGGAGGUGGUUGUCCCAAUGCCGGAACCUACGGGAUCGAAGAUUAUUCCCUCACGUUACCCGAACCCAGCGACAGUCUCAGCGCGGCUGGGAGUAUGGGAAUGACCAUUUCGGUUGGAGCCGAUAUUACCUUUGACACUGGAGACACGGAGCAAUGUACCUUCAAAAUUGCAUUGGUAAAUCGAAACAAUAGCUACUCCUACUCCUUGGGGUAUCUAGGCAUGGCGGGAUUCAUGAUGUUUGGUGUUGCCACCACAUUGGGAAGCAAACGACGAAAGGUCGCAACCAUUCAACUAGAUGGCGAGGAGAGAGAAGGAACGUACGAUCAUUUUGAAUUGAUGCCAAAACCACAAGGUGUCCAAGUAUAA